AUGGCAACAGCCAAAAAUCUGGCGGAGGAGGAGAUGCUGCCUAGCCUCGAUGCCGAUCCCUGGGGCCGGCGCGGUGGGCGCCCAGCGCGGUGGGCUCUCCGGUCUUCAUGGCCGCAGGCCAAUCUGAACCACUGCGCCCGUGCCCAGGACCUCCUGAUACAACACAUGGCGGAGUGGCAGAUUCAAGUGGCGACAGCCGCCGAGCCCUACUUCAUCCCUACUCAAUCAAAUUGGGCUGGUGACGUCGAGGGAUCGGUGGCUGUUGUGGUGCCGGCACAUGGAAUUCCACUGGUUCCACAACGCAGCGGACCAGGGUUUGUAGCGGUCGUGUGGGGGGAGGUGACACUAAUUGGAGUAUACUUCUCCCCAAACAAACCCCUGUCUGCCUUCGAGGCUUAUCUUAGAAGUCUGGAGCCAGUGGUGAGAGGUGCGGCCCCGACCCAGGUAAUCCUGAUGGGGGACCUAAAUGCGAAGUCUGCGGCGUGGGGAUCCCCCAUAACAGAUCUGAGGGGAGUUGAG